AUGUUCGAGUCGGUUGUGAAUGAGUUCCUUCUACGUACGGCAGUUAAAGAGUGGUCGGUUAUUUCCAUACUAGAAUAUGUUAAAGCAAAAUGUGAAUUAUCCUCUGAUCUGUUCGAAACUUUGAAAGAAGACGUAUAUUCAGUGCUACAAAGGUUCGGCGACAGGCAAAACGUUAACAGUCAUGAAAAUGCAAAAAAAAGAGCGAGAAAAUUGUUAUCAAGCUUUGAAAAGUCAUGCUCUUCAACUGGAGUGAGGCGUUUUAUUGAUGGAUUAAAACUAAGGGAUGAAGAAAUAGAAUUUCGUACAACAUUAUUUCGCAAAAUAAAAUCGUCAAACACGUUACAAGCACUAGAGGAACAUCGCGUGGUCAGAACAUUAAUCGAAGAUAUACGCAACCCGGAUGAGAUAGAACACCAAGUUUUACCAGCCGGAAACUCUGGAAUUCAAAGUAUUAAUAGUUAUCAGAGAAAACAUCAUCGUGAAGAAACGACAGAUGAUGAUGAACCGGAAAAGCAAUGUAGGAUUAGGAGUGGGAGAACUACACCGAAUUAUGAUAUAGAUUCUUUGGAUGUUGUCGAAAAAUCAGGAUUAGAAAUUUCUACGGAAAGUAAGAGAAUCAUUAGACAAGAUUCAUCGACAUCAUCAAGACAAAACGAUAUCGAAGUUGAUGAGAUAGAUAUGCUGUUGUCAGAGAAUCCAAUCGCCCAAAGAUUAAUAGAAGUCGGUGGAAUUGGUAGAUAUAAAAUUAUCUUUUUGCCAGAAGAAAAUGAUUGUGAUGCAAUCAAGUCAAUAUUCAAUAAGAAUGAGUGGUCGAAACUAGAAACAGAUUGGAUUAAUGCUGAGAAGAGAACGAUACCUUCUAGUAGUGUAAUGAACGAGAAUAUUAACACGUUAUUAAAAAAGUACAGUGAUGGUAUCAAUGAUGCGACGUUCGGAUACGAUGUGGACUUGAGAAAAUUGUCCGUUUUAUUUGAUGAAACUUCAAUUGCAAGUCGUGACACGUACAUUUUUACUCGCGAAUGGCCUAUGCAAUGGAUCAAAUCUGUUUUUAAUGCAUUUUUACUGUGUUUCCAACUACCAAUAAACCCACUUCACGAUUGUGAUUUAUCCGAAUAUUCCUACAGAGAUAGGAUUGUUAAUCGUAUUAUAGAAGAUAUUUUUCUAGACACAUAUAGUUUUAUUCGCGUUAGGACAGGUGAAGUCGAAAAUAGAGAUCGUAAAGAUCAGAAAAAUUCUGCAAGGCCACAAGGACAACGAC